UUUAUAUUCUUCUUCAUUUGUCCGUUUGGCAACUACAUUUGCACAAUGAGCGCAGACAACCUUGUGAUUUCCUCAGACAAGACACAUCCUGCCAAUUUGAUUCCAGAGUUAUGUCGUCUGUUUUAUACGGUGGGCUGGGUCACUGGCACAGGAGGUGGAAUUAGUAUCCGUAAAGAUCAGCACGUGUAUAUUGCACCAUCAGGUGUUCAGAAGGAGAGGAUGCAGCCUGAGGAUCUAUUUGUUCUUGAGCUUGCCACGCGCAAUGUUCUGAGGAAGCCACUAGUGUUGAAGCCAUCUGCCUGCACUCCUCUCUUUUAUAAUGCCUAUACCAUGCGCGAUGCUGGCGCCUGUAUCCAUACCCACUCACAGCAUGCGGUUAUGGCUACUCUCCUCUACCCAGGCAAAGAGUUUGUGAUCACACAUCAGGAGAUGAUUAAGGGCAUUCGAAAGGGCAUGACCAAGGAAAACCUUAGAUUCUUUGACCGUCUGGUUGUCCCUAUUGUUGAGAACACUGCUGAAGAAGAGGAUUUGAUUGACAGGAUGGCUAAGGCUAUGGAGGAAUAUCCAGAUACCUGCGCCGUCCUCGUCCGACGACAUGGUGUCUACGUUUGGGGAGAAUCUUGGGAGAAGGCCAAAUGCAUGGCAGAAUGCUAUGAUUACCUCUUUGAGAUUGCAGUCAAGAUGAAGAGCAUUGGACUUGAUCCCGCAGAGAAACCUGCUGAUUCUCCUUAUUAGAUGUCAAGACUUUUUCUUCGCAGAUCAUAUUUUGACUAGGAUACUUAGACUAGUUGAAUAAACUCGAAGUACCAGG